CCCAUGUGCCAGUUCCUUUCGCACGUGCAUGCUUUUAACUCGGAAGUUAAAACGGGGUCGACUAUCGAAGCAAAGCGUGCAAAGGGCGAGUGUCUUAGAAACCAGGCUGUCAUCAUUCUCCAUAACGGGAAUCCCUCCACCCCGCGAUCGAGAAGAGCAGCAGACAGCUCGGCGGCCUUUUGCUCCUUUUAUACCGCAGCAGCAGCAACAGGCGCUUUCCCGCCGCGUCGCUUCUGCAGCCGCCGCCGCCGCCGCCCUCGGUCUCUCUUUUAGCGGUCCCUCCGCAGGAAGGCGACUUGGUUCCCCUUGGCCCCAGGCUUCAGCAAGCAACACACAACAAAAUGAGUCAUCUUGCUAUUAAAAGAAUAGCAAAUGAUAUUAUCAAAUCACCUGAAGAUAAACGAGAGUAUCGUGGGCUAGAACUGGCAAAUGGCAUCAAGGCAAUGCUUAUCAGUGACCCCACUACAGACAAGUCUUCAGCUGCACUUGAUGUACACAUAGGGUCAUUAUCUGAUCCCCCUAACAUUGCUGGGUUAAGCCAUUUUUGUGAACAUAUGCUUUUUUUGGGAACUGAGAAAUACCCAAAAGAAAAUGAGUACAGCCAAUUUCUCAGUGAACAUGCAGGAAGUUCAAAUGCUUUUACCAGUGGAGAACACACCAACUUUUAUUUUGAUGUAUCACAUGAGCACUUGGAAGGUGCCCUGGACAGGUUUGCUCAGUUUUUCUUGUGCCCUCUGUUUGAUGAAAGCUGCAAAGACAGAGAAGUGAAUGCUGUUGAUUCUGAGCAUGAGAAGAAUUUAAUGAAUGAUGCUUGGAGACUAUUUCAGCUGGAAAAGGCUACUGGAAAUCCCAAUCACCCCUUCAGUAAAUUUGGAACAGGAAGCAAAUUCACUUUGGAAACUAGACCAAACCAAGAAGGAAUAGAUGUAAGACAAGAGUUAUUGAAGUUUCACUCCACUUAUUAUUCAUCAAAUUUAAUGGCUGUUUGUGUUCUAGGACGAGAAUCUUUAGAUGAGCUAACAGGUUUGGUAGUGAAGCUAUUCUCUGAAGUAGAGAACAAAAACGUUCCAUUACCAGAAUUCCCUGAACAUCCUUUCCAGGAAGAACAUCUCAGGCAACUUUACCAAGUGGUACCUAUCAAAGACAUUAGAAAUCUUUACGUCACGUUUCCAAUACCAGAUCUUCAGAAGUACUAUAAAUCAAACCCUGGCCAUUAUCUUGGCCAUCUUAUUGGUCAUGAAGGUCCAGGAAGUCUUCUAUCAGAACUCAAAGCUAAAGGCUGGGUAAAUACCCUGGUUGGAGGACAAAAAGAAGGUGCUAGAGGUUUCAUGUUUUUCAUCAUAAAUGUUGACCUCACAGAAGAAGGACUUUUACACGUGGAGGAUAUUAUCUUGCACAUGUUUCAGUAUAUACAAAAACUACGUACAGAAGGACCUCAAGAGUGGGUUUUCCAAGAAUGUAAGGAUUUAAAUGCUGUAGCCUUCAGGUUUAAAGAUAAGGAAAGACCCCGGGGUUAUACAUCAAAAGUUGCUGGGAUUCUUCACUACUAUCCUAUAGAAGAAGUUCUUGCUGCAGAAUAUUUACUUGAAGAAUUUAGGCCUGAUUUAAUAGAAAUGGUAUUGGAUAAAUUAAGACCUGAAAAUGUCCGGGUUGCAAUCGUUUCUAAGUCUUUUGAAGGAAAAACUGAUAGAACAGAAAAAUGGUAUGGAACCCAGUACAAGCAAGAGGCAAUUUCUGAUGAAGUCAUUAAGAAAUGGCAAAAUGCUGACCUCAAUGGGAAAUUCAAGCUGCCAAUGAAGAAUGAAUUUAUCCCUACUAACUUUGAAAUUGUACCUUUAGAGAAGGAUGCACCACAGUAUCCUACUCUUAUCAAGGACACUGCUAUGUGCAAGCUAUGGUUCAAGCAAGAUGACAAAUUUUUCCUACCCAAAGCUUGUCUCAACUUUGAAUUUUUCAGCCCAUUUGCUUACGUGGAUCCCUUGCAUUGUAACAUGGCCUAUUUGUACCUUGAGCUACUCAAAGACUCCCUCAACGAGUAUGCAUAUGCAGCAGAGCUAGCUGGCUUGAACUAUGAUCUCCAAAAUACCAUCUAUGGGAUGUAUCUUUCCGUAAAAGGUUACAAUGACAAGCAGCAUAUCCUGCUCAAGAAGAUUGUUGAGAAAAUGGCUACCUUUGAGAUUGAUGAAAAAAGAUUUGAAAUUAUCAAGGAGGCGUACAUGCGAUCGCUUAAUAACUUCCGAGCUGAACAACCACACCAGCAUGCCAUGUAUUACCUCCGACUACUGAUGACGGAAGUUGCCUGGACCAAAGAUGAAUUAAAAGAAGCUUUAGACGAUGUCACCCUUCCCCGUCUCAAGGCCUUUAUUUCUCAGCUGUUGUCACGGUUACACAUUGAAGCACUUCUCCAUGGCAAUAUAACAAAACAGGCUGCAUUAGGAAUUAUGCAAAUGAUUGAAGACACUCUCAUUGAGCAUGCUCAUACAAAACCUUUGCUUCCAAGCCAGCUUGUAAGGUAUAGAGAAGUACAGCUGCCUGACAGAGGUUGGUUCGUCUAUCAACAGAGGAACGAGGUUCAUAACAAUUGUGGCAUUGAAAUAUAUUAUCAAACAGAUAUGCAAAGCACCUCAGAGAAUAUGUUUUUGGAGCUCUUCUGUCAAAUCAUCUCAGAGCCUUGCUUCAAUACCCUGCGCACUAAAGAACAGUUAGGUUACAUUGUGUUCAGUGGUCCACGGCGGGCAAAUGGUAUCCAAGGACUACGAUUUAUCAUCCAGUCAGAAAAACCUCCACACUACUUGGAGAGCAGGGUUGAAGCUUUUUUAAAAACCAUGGAGAAGAGUAUAGAGGACAUGUCUGAUGAAGCCUUCCAGAAGCACAUCCAGGCUUUAGCAAUUCGUCGCCUUGACAAACCAAAGAAACUGUCUGCCGAGUGUGCAAAAUACUGGGGCGAAAUUAUUUCCCAGCAAUAUAACUUUGACAGAGAUAACAUUGAAGUGGCAUAUCUCAAAACUCUUACUAAGGAUGAUAUUAUGCACUUUUAUAAGGAGAUGUUAUCAGUUGAUGCUCAAAGAAGGCACAAAGUAUCCGUGCAUGUACUAGCACGGGAAAUGGAUUCCUGCCCUGUUGUGGGAGAAUUUCCAUCUCAGAAUGAUGUCAACCUGGCACCAGCUCCACCACUGCCACAGCCAGACGUGAUUCAGAAUAUGACAGAGUUCAAACGCAGCCUGCCACUCUUUCCUCUGGUGAAGCCACAUAUCAAUUUCAUGGCUGCAAAACUGUGAAGAACCUUUGCUGGGUGAAGAACUGGAAGUGGAAGAGUCUUGUAUGACUUCAGUGGAUUUUCAUAAUGAACCAACAUCUUAAGCUCUUGUUAGGACAAACAAUCCUGUCCAUUAUGAGGGUUCCUGAUUCCUUCUAGGUUCAUUCGGCAUUUCUGGUGUGAUAGGGUUACAGCAAAUUAGGCAAAUAGGCUGUAGUCAUGCGUCAUGUUUAUUGUAGAGCCACUCUUGGAAACCAAAAUCAAGUGGUAUAUUCAAAGGUCUGUGUAGGUAUGGUAUAUUUUACAAUAGUGAGGCCCUUUUAAAGGUUUUGUUUGCAUAAUGGAAUAUGAAGAAGCUUACUGAACAAACUGGUGUUAUUUUAAAGGCCCUUCCUUUUCUUAUGGAAAGUCAUUAAGAUUAAGCAAUUUAUUGGAUGUGGAGGAACGAAACAUUAUUAAAAUGCACAUACUGAUUUUUAAAGAAAAGACUUAAGCAUAUUGAUCCUCAGAGCAGCCAACCAUUUAGGUACUAUAUAAAUCAGUGGAAAUGAGGGGGAAACGUCAACAGAUAUAUUUCAGAUAAGUUACCAGGCAUAUUGACAUAGUUUUAAUCUUUAUACACAUUUGAGGACAUUUUUUAAUAUUCAGACUAGUAAAAUGCUGGAAACACCUGGCUAGCCACCCUUUUCUUGCCCAGAGUGUUACCUUCUGCUUGUAACCCUUGUGUUUUCUCAGGGUUACUUGGAAAAUGUUUCAUUUGCAUAAAUAAAAUCGUUUUGGCGCUUUUUCUUCCGGUUGUUCAUGUAUUGUUUUUAGAUAUCUCAUCAAACUUGCCCUCUCUUGUUGGGUAUGUGACUUGUUGAAAAGGCUAUCAGUGACCCUUAAUAGGUGUUUAAGCUGUGGACAUGGGGCAGACUUCUGUGAGAAGGCAUAAAAUGGAAAUCUUAGUCUUUGUCACAAAGACACAGCACAGUGUGUGCCUGAUUCCAUAAAUGCACCAUUUGAAUGUCCGGAACAGGGUGGCCCUUCAAGGCAUGUGAUACAACAAUACCUUAAUCUGACCUACCACUGUUUUUGCAGCUCUUGGUGCAAGCUUUCAAGCUUUAUCAGGCUUAGAUAUUUUAAAGUGACAGGGAAGAAGAAAUCCCAGAACAAAUGGAAGGUUAGCAUUUGCUUAGCCAUGCCAGCAAUUAAACGUCAGCUCAAUAGGGGAACAUCACAUUGAGCCUGACCAAGGCAAACUUCCCUGCGCUUAAAAGCUUGCAGCCAGUAUUUUAAACACGGUUUAAAUGCUUAUCCUGGAUCAUUUUUAUUUGACACUUCAGGCAUCUGCAAUGCAAUAAUAGCACAAUUUAAUAAUCAGGAUACAGGAAGUUGGUGCCAACUGCUUUCUAGGAAAACAGCACAAAGCAGAGAUUUGUAUGCAAAAUAAACAGGAAUGAUAAAAUAGAAUAAUUUUUUCAUCUCUAGCCUAUUGGUUUUAGUGGAGGUUGUGCUACUAAAAGCUCAUAGGAAGACAAGGGAGCCAGGUGCUGAAGUUUUCUUAAUCUGGUUUUUGGAGAGAAAAGGCAUACAUUUACCAAAGUAAUACGUCUUUUAAAUGCUGGCUUUUUUCCAAGUUUGUUAUACAGAUUCUAAGUCUGAAGUAUUUCAAAGAUCCCAAUGGAUUUCUAGUCUCAGCUUGGUUUUCUAAGAGAAAAUGUGCCUCCUACUUCAGAAAUCUGACCUGCAUAGCACUAAUCGUAUAAGAGCACUGGUUACAUGCUUUGCAGUCUGAGGCUGGAAUCUGAAUGUCUUGGCUACCCCGUCCACUGUUUUGUUUUAUUAGUUCCAAUGUUGAUUGCCUUGUGAAUUGUCAGAAUAAAAUUGUGUGUUGCAUUUUCCUGGAGAUAUGAUAUAUAAUAUCCGAGUAGGAAGUAAACAGCUAACCUUGGGACAUAGAAUUAACCUGCCUGUAUCUUUAAAGGGCGCAAUGUUUUAUCAUUGCUGUAUUUUACCCUGUUAAGGUUCAAGGCCCCUCCUGCAUCUUACAGCAAUGCAGUGAGUUAAAAGAAAUAGGACAUAAUUUCUCAGGGAGUGUUAAUGCUAUUGAACAUUAACCCUUCACGUCCAACAAGUUCAUUACUCAUUAUGGCUGGCAUCAUGGUAAAGAGGUCAUUUGAUUGUUUUGUUACACAGAAAGCUGUAGCUUUUUAUGUGAUACAGAUGAUAGGUUUUCCACUCCCUUCCUAACCUGCUCAAAAACUGAAAACACGACAAGGAAUCAGAUGAACACUUCAUGUGAUAAGUGGCAUUAGACAUGACACACGCUCCAUGGAUAUUGUCAUAUCAAUUAUACCUUGAUACUUAAUUAUACAGCAAACUUUGUUUACAGGAUGCAAGCUAUGACGGAGGCAUCAUUGGAGUUUAAUUAUGCUAGUAUUGUUGCAUAUGCAUGCAAUCUGUUCAGGGAUUUCCUCAUCCAAUCCAAGCAAGGUUGCACAGGAACAAGACUUACAGAAUUUUAUCCAGGAAGCUUUUAAUUCGUUAUCUAGGGGGAAAGACCCUGUUUGUGGCAAAUAGUGUGUGUGAAAAAGAACCAUCAAAUAAUUUCUGUCCUUAGGGAACACCGGCUAAGAGAUGCACAGGAUUUCAAUAGUGGUUUAUGCUAUUCACACCCAAAACGUUGGCAUACCCAUGGUGAUUCCCAUUUUGUGUUAAACGUCUGUGCUGGUAACUUUCUCUCAGCGAGAACACACUUUGGGAAUUGUAUGCUUAGUUCCCUGUAAUAGAACAUUGGGCAUGAGUAAAUGUUUGGUCAGUCCCAAGAAUGACUUCAGAAUGCUGCAGUGGUCUUAAUCUCAUUUCUCCCACUCUUCCGUCAAUAGUGUAAAAAAACAUUUUGCUGGAAAUCUUGGAGGAGUGGAGUGAACAUGUUGGAAAACGUGCCAUUUUACUGUUGCGUUGCCAGCUGUCAACAAAAAAAUGCUACUUUUUUUUCAUUCGUACAUACCAUAUUUCUCUCCACUGUGCUUUUCACAAAUAUUUAAAAGGUUUUAGAUUUUUCCUCACAAAUACCUCAUUUUUAUAAGUUUAGCUCCCCCCCUUUUUUUGUUAAAAUCAUUUGCACAACUAUUUUAAAGAGAUUGGAACGCACACUGCAAAAAUUAUAUAUUUUGAGACUUGUUAAAACGUGCACAACUCUCAAGAAGAACCCAAUGACUUUGGUAGAAAAUCAGUUCAUGAAAUAGAUAAUUCCUAAUGCAAUAUUUUAGAAUUUAUAUGACAACUUACACAUUGAUGGAAAUUGCUCCCCUUAUUUUUGUAGAGCAAGCAUGAAACCACUUUCCAGGGAACUGGUUGAAUACAAGUCUGUUCACUGCACGCUCCAAAGUGAUUUCAUGAUUGCCAAACUGAAUGUUUUUUUUAAAAAAAAUGCUGGGGUUACAACAUAAGCAGAACAUUCUUUUUUGUGGCGUGAUACUGGUCCAGUUUGCACAUAGCACCACUAAACCAUGGGCAAGACUCAGUGAGCGCCCAUGUCCCCCCUUCGCUCCUCCACAGCCAAGAGGAGGACUUCUGCCGAGUUUGGUUUCACUUCUAAAACAUAUUGUCUUAGUCUUACCUACCAACCAGGAUUGCUGGUUUAAAACAUUGUGUCUAAUUUAAUUAGCCAACUGCAUAACUCAUAGUUUGAAGUUGGCUUGUUAUGAAACUGACUACAGUUUCAUGUGUGCAUGCAGUUCACCAUUUGUGGCCCCUCAGCAUCCUGAACUAUAUUUAUUUAUUCACUACUUAUAGGAAUGGCCAAGGCGGCUAGCAAAAUAUAUAAACAGUAUCGUAAAAAUAAAUAAAAAUCCAUUGUACAAUGAACCUUUAUUCUGAAAUAUCAUGAAGUCAGUGUGUCCACAUGCUGUGAAUGCCAAUGUGUCCAGUAGAGAGACUAAAUUUCUUUUUAAGUGUUCUCCAGCAUUUUAUGAUUUCCAAGUUUGGUAGAACAAAAUGCAGUUUGAUAACUCAGGCAUAUCAGUGGAUUCUCUCCAGUAGAUCCAAAGCUGCAGUGUCAACAAGCAAUAACAAACUACCUAGACUACACUGUAAUUCAGUUUUAGUGCUCGUUAACAAAAUUUAUGUAACAAAUCAUAAAUUAUGACUAGACUACUGUAAUUUUUGCAAGUGCUAUUUUGAGCAGUUAAUGUGGAAUUGGGUGCAUGUUGAACACAAUAUGACAGAGUGCUUGUCAUACUCUUGACAAUAAACAAUCUGAAUAUAA